UGAUGAGAAACAUGGUGGUCCGGACACGAGAAGAGAGCUGCUCACUCGUCCGCAAAUAACCCGAUUAUCACUCAGAUAUUUGAGAUAGCAACACCCUAUUGUACACAUGGAGGACGAAGGGAAUGACGGAACGUAUGGGUCAGUCCCCGUGACAUCUCAGGCGGCGACAACGAGCACUGUGGUAGGAAAGGCAAAGACAUUUGCUGGCCUAUCACCAAAAGAAUGGGCCUUUCUAGUAGUGUCUAUUUUGAAUCUCCUGGCAGCCCUGGGGUUUACCGGCUACAGCCUGUGGUAUGUCGUGGACAAGGAUAAGGAAAACACUGUGGAUUUCACAUUUGCUGUCUUGCUGCUUAUUAACAUUGUAUUCUGUACAUUUUACGUUGUCCAUGGACUGUUCCGUGAGAGGGAGUUCGAGCUGUACGCAUUUAUCGCAGCCACUCUUGUUGUCGUAGUAUACUGCAUCACUGAGUAUGCUGUGAAUGUGGCUGGCCAUAGUAACCCUAUCAAACUGCCUCGUCUGAUAGUGUCUUGUGCCUUGGCUCUCCCUAACAUUGUUCUAGCCUGGAUGGUGGCCAGAGACUUUGGCUUCCUGGCCUUCAGGAUUGUGGGGGCCUCAGAGGCUUUGCAGUUAAUGUACAGACAGUCUGCUGCAUUUUCUACGUUGCUCAAGUUUGACUUUCAAGUUGGGGUGAGUUUUGUAGUACUUGUCUUGGAGCAGGGAGUGAACCUGACCACACUGGAGAUAGUCACUUUAAGUGUGGGACUGCCUUUUUCAUUCCUAUGGCUAAUUCUUGGAUGGAUCACGAUGAGGAAAGAAAUUAAACCCUUGAUGUGGAUUUUUAUUGUUCUGGGGCUAGUGGGACCAGCAUAUGUCAUUUACAAAAUAGUAAUGUUAUUUGAAAAUCUAGAGGAAGAGCAGAGUGAAAAGUUGCUGAUUUAUGCAGUCAUUGUUGCAGGUGCACUGGAACUGUUAGUACAUGUCAUCCUACUUAUCCAGGCUGUGGUGGUGUACAGAAACUUUAAGAAGGGACUCAAAGAAAGGGCAUUUGACCCUACAGAACAAACUAGUUUGCUUGUGGCUGCUGGUCGCAGAUAGACCCCAUUUAUACAAUGCAGGACCCGUCUUCUCAGAUAUUGUAAUGGGUAAUGUAAUUUGUAUGGAGGUUGUACAGCAGAUCUUUGACAGUAUGUUUGCAUGGAAUGGCAGGGAUGGUAAUCAUAUGCCAUGACAGGUCCUCAGCAGGUCCUCAGCAGCAUUAUCUUUUAGAUGGUGUUUUUUCGGUGAAAGUCAUCAUCAUGAGGAUGCAUUUUAAUAGAGUUUUAGAUAUUUCUUCAUGAGUUUUGAUCUGUCAUCAGACGUGAAUCUGCUUGUUGCUGUUUCUGUACAUUUGUGUAACAACUGCUGCAAAGAAUGCAAACAGAGAAGCAAGAAUCAGCAGAACAAGACCAGUAUGCAAGUAUUAUUACGAGAACAAAGCUGUUUUUAAUGCCUUAUUAUGAUAUUAAUAUCUGUCAUCAAUGUUUUCGUUUUUAAUAUAACAUGAUUCUCAAUCACCAGUAAGAGUGUUGGUUUUGAAACAGAGUGGUCACUGAAUUUCUGGUACCAUCUUGUUACCUGUGAAUCAUAAGAAGUCUAUGAUUCUGUAGGGCACUUAUGGUUCUCUUAGUCCCUGACAGUAAAACCAGUGCACCUGUCUGAAAAAUUUUAUGAUAUUUUAUAUAAGCAUUAAUGCCAAUACUACCCCAGAUGUGGUAAUACAUUUAUUGAUAAAAAAAGGUGUAGAAUUGUAUAUGUUGGUGUCUGUGUGUGUAUUCCAGACGGUUUGUUUCUCUCUUCUUGUUCAUUUGUUGUGAUGCUUGGCUUUUAUCCUACAGUGUGUGUAUACAUGUACGGAAUAUAUAUUUUUUUUCAUGUAUCAUGACGUAACCAUUAAUGCAUAUGUCUUUAGCCUAUUUUACAUUAAUUAUGAACUUAAGCAAGAUUGCAUAUAUGAUACUAAUUAGCUUGCCAUACUUUUGUCAAUUAUUAAUUCUUCACCAGUGUCAAAACCGUGCGGGCAGCUAAAUGUAUUUUAUGACACGGGGAGUCGUCAGAAUAACCAUUUUGUGUCUUGGCGUGUACGUAUUAGCUAUUGUUGUAAUUUGUCUCAUUACCAGAUAUAGUGCAUUUGUGAUUAUAUAAAGGGCAGUUGUAUUCGCAUAAAAAAUGGCUCUAUGGAAUUGUGAUUAGUCAGUAUGUCAGCUUUUACACAUUAGGUGGCUUACUAGCAACAGCAUAUUUACAAUCGCUUGCCAUUGUUUUAUCCUUUUGAGCACAAAGUAUAUAUUUUUAUAUGUAAUUAGUGAUUUGGUAGCGAUUGUAUAACGAAUGGCCAAAUACAUGUGCGCGCCAUGCAUUCAGCAUUUUUAUUAAACAUUGUCUUUGGUGCCCUCUUUUGAGUAUUUUGCAAUUUGUUCCAGUAUAUCGAUGUGCGUUUAGGUUUCAGACUUAAAGCUGUGAGAAAUUACUCCUUUGCCAGAUUAAGCAUAGCGACGAAGUUGGCCGGACAAGCUUAAUAUUUUUUCUUGAUAAGCGCCCUUUUUUUCUUAGAACGCGCGAUUUGCUUACCCUGAGAGGAUUUUAUUGUCAAACCUACGAUGUCAUUUUAAAUAAAUUUGUAUUUUCUGUUA